CCUCGCCCCCCCUGCGACGGCCUGCCGCCGCUUCGCCGCCUCGCACCUCGCGUCGCUCUCCCGCUCCCGGACAGCGACUUUUACUUCCGGCUUCCAUGGCUACGACACCGGAAACCGGAAGAGGGCUUGCGACAGCGGAGAGGGCAAGGGCGACCGCUCGCCCGGGACCGUCUUGGAGCUCGGGACUUCUCGGAGCUCUCCCAGCCCGAUGGUCCUGCCCUGCUCGCCUCUCACUCACGACUCUCCUGACAGACUCUGACUUGGCUGAGCAGACGCCCUUGGAGGAGUCCACUGUGUGAGAUGGUGCAGCCCAGUAGUGGCCCAGCCGGGGAGCAGGACGUGCUGCCUGAAGAGUCAUCUCUGGGGAAACCGGCCAUGCUGCACCUGCCUGCGGAACAGAGCAGCCCUGACACUCUACAGCGCUGUCUGGAGGAGAAUCAAGAACUCCGAGAGGCUAUCCGGCAGAGCAACCAGAUGCUGCGGGAACGCUGUGAGGAGCUGCUCCGCUUCCAAGUCAGCCAGAGGGAGGAGAAGGAGUUCCUCCUGGGCAAGUUCCAGGAGGCCAGGAGGCUGGUGGAGAGGCUCAACCUGGAGAAGCUCGACCUUCAGAGGCAGAGGGAGCAGGCCCUGCAGGAGGUGGAUCACCUCAAGAGAUGUCAGCAGCAGAUGGCCGAGGAUAAGGCCUCCGUGAAAGCUCAAGUGACAUCCUUGCUAGGGGAGCUGCAGGAGAGCCAGAGUCGCUUGGAGGCUGCCACCAAGGAGCGGCAGGCUCUGGAGGGCAGGGCCCGUGCAGCCAGUGAGCAGGCCCGGCAGCUGGAGAGCGAGCGGGAGGCGCUGCAGCAGCAGCACAGUGUGCAGGUGGACCAGCUGCGCAUGCAGAGCCAGAGUGUGGAGGCUGCGCUGCGCAUGGAGCGCCAGGCUGCCUCCGAGGAGAAGCGGAAGCUGGCCCAGUUGCAGGUGGCCUAUCACCAGCUCUUCCAGGACUAUGACAACCACAUCAAGAACAGCAUGGUGAGCGGCGAGCGCAAGCGGGGCAUGCAGCUGGAGGAUCUUAAGCAGCAGCUCCGGCAGGCCGAGGAGGCCCUGGUGGCCAAGCAGGAAGUGAUUGACAAAUUGAAGGAGGAGGCCGAGCAGCACAAGAUGGUGAUGGAGACUGUGCCGGUCCUGAAGGCCCAGGCGGAUAUCUACAAGGCUGACUUCCAGGCUGAGAGGCAGGCCAGGGAGAAGCUGGCUGAAAAGAAGGAGCUGCUGCAAGAGCAGCUGGAGCAGCUGCAGCGAGAGUACAGCAAGCUGAAGGCCAGCUGUCAGGAGUCCUCCAGGAUCGAGGAUAUGAGGAAGCGGCAUGUUGAGGUCGCCCAGUCCGUCUUACCACCCCCCUCAGCCCACCACUCCUUCCAUCUGACGCUGACCAACCAGAGAAGAAGCCCCCCAGAAGAGCCUCCUGACUUCUGUUGUCCUAAGUGCCAGUAUCGGGCUCCUGACAUGGACACCCUGCAGAUCCACGUCAUGGAGUGCAUUGAGUAGGCCAGCAUGCUCAAGGCCCCUGCAGAUGCCACGCCCAGGACCACAUCCUGUCCAGAGCUAAGAAUGAGUGAGAAAGAGUGGCUGCUGCCUCACCCGUGAGCUAGCUGAGGUCUCCAUGGAGCCCUCCGGUCUGCUGGGUCACCUCCCCAGUGGCGCAUGGAGCCGCGGUUCGGCCUGAUGCUCUCUGCUCUUUGUGCACCCAUCCCUCUGCUUGAGCCACUUGCUCCUGGGGCUGAUCUCCCACCCCUUCCUCCCUCUCCUGCCCGGUCCCUCGCUCCUCACUCCCUACCCAGGUCAAGACUGGAGACCUUGAGCCUUCAGGGAGAUCUUCCCUAGAUACACAUGGGCAUAGCUGUCCUGCUGGCACUGACCCAGUCUUGCCUCUUGGGGUGGGAGGUGUCCACUGUAUGGCCAGGCCACAGUGUGUUCCACCAGCUGCUUGUGCUCUCUUGUCCCAAGUGAAUAUGGUAGGUGAUGUGAUGCUGGAACCCUGCUCUCCCCGCGACUUGGUUUUCUGCUCCUGUGCUUUGCUCCUAGCCUUGCUAAGGAGAGAGGGCAAGGACUUGCUACCCACUAGAGAUGCACUUCCCUAGGAGGACUGACCUGAAGGGUCUUCUCUGGCCUGAAGGCCCCCUUUCAGUUCCUCUAUUGGCAAUGGGCUAUUUGUACCUUUUAUCCAUGUUUCUCUUUGGCCAUUAGUUUCUGUUCCUUGAGUUUUAGGAGCCUGUUGAUCUUUAGCAGGAUUAGCUCUUGUGUGUCUUUCGCCUGUUGGCUUUGCUGCUAGUGUUUUUUGUCUUUGAGGUUGUUAACCUUUGUGUUGACACAUUGAUCCAUUCAUCCACUGCUUUGAGUUUGCAGUUGCUGGCACGGCUUCAGGCUUGGACAGAACACUGCUUCACAUGCCUUCUCUUGGCUCUGCUUCACGGUGAAGCCGUCCCAGUGCUUGCUAUGAGUGUUGUUCGGUGCCGGGUUCUCCCU